GGAGGGCUGGGAGAGCAGGGCUUGGGGACAGAGCCUGGGGACAGCAGGGCUGGGGAGAGCAGGGCUUGGGGACAGAGUUUGGGGACAGAGUUUGGAGAGAGAAGAGUUUGGGGACAGAGUUUGGAGAGAGCAGGGUUUGGGGACAGAGCUUGGGGACAGAGCUUGGAGAGGGUAGAGUUUGGGGAUAAAGUUUGGAGAAGGCAGAGUUUGGGGACAGAGCUUGGGGACAGAAUUUGGAUUGGCAGAGUUUGGAGAGAGCAAGGUUUGGGGAUAGAGCUUGGAGAGGGCAGAGUUUGGAAUGGCAGGAUUGGGAGAGAGCAGGGUUUGGGAGAGCAAAGUUUGGGGAGGGCUGGAUGAGAACAAUGGGGAGAGCAGAACUUGGGGGAGCAGAGUUUGGGCAGGCCAGAGCUUGGGGAAGGAGUGAGAGCAGAGUUUGGGAUGGAAGGAUUUGGGAUGGCAGAGUUUGGAGAGGAAGGAAUGAGAGCAGAGUUUGGGGAGAGCAGAGUUUGGGAUGGCAGAGUUUGGGAUGGAAGGAUUUGGGAGAGCAGAGUUUGGAGAGGAAGGAACGAGAGCAGAGUUUGGGAUGGCAGAGUUUGGAGAGGAAGGAAUGAGAGCAGAGUUUGGGAUGGCAGGAUUUGGGAGAGCAGAGUUUGGAGAGGAAGGAAUGAGAGCAGAGUUUGGGAUGGCAGAGUUUGGGAUGGCAGAGUUUGGGAUGGCAGGAUUUGGGAGAGCAGAGGUUGGAGAGGAUUGGAUGAGAACAGCAUCCAGGUGAGGGAUUAACCCCUCUCUGAGCAGUGGGGUUAUGGAGACCAAGAGUGAUCAGGCCCUGGUUGGAGUCCAGAAUUAUUUGGAGAAGGCAGCAGAGCAGCUGAAGCCGGCGGCUCCCAUCAAGUUCCACAUCUCCAGCCGCACGGACAGCGGCGUGCACGCCCUGGCCAACGCCGCCCACCUGGACAUCCAGAGGGGCCCGGGCAGGGCUCCCUUCACCGGCCCCCAGCUGGUGCAGGGCCUCAACCACCACCUCCGGCCCCAGCCCAUCUGCAUCCUCAGUGCCCAGCGGGUUUCCAGCACCUUCCAUGCCCGUUUCUGUGCCCUCUCCAGGACCUACAUCUACCGCCUGCUGCUGGGCUGUGCCCACCGCUCCCAAAUCCCCGUCUUCGAGCGGGAUCUGUGCUGGGCCCCCCCGGGAGGGCCUGGCUCAAUGCCCCGUGCCCUGAGCCAGGCUCUGUGUGGUUCCAGCCCCCUGGACAUCCCGGCCAUGAGGGAGGCAGCCCAGUUCCUGCUGGGCACCCACGAUUUCAGCACCUUCAGCUCGCCGCAGGCCGAGGCGCAGAGCCCCGUCAGGACCCUGCAGCAGCUGCAGCUGCAGCCCAGCCCCAGCCUGCUGGGCCAGCACCACCUGCACAGGGGCCUGGAGUUCUGGGAGGUGAGGGUGAAGAGCAAAUCCUUCCUGUACCGCCAGGUGAGGAGGAUGGUGGGGGCGCUGGUGGCCGUGGGCCAGGCGCGGCUGUCCCCGGCGGGGCUGCAGGAGCUGCUGGCACUGCGGGACCCGCGGGCGCUGCCACCCUCGGCCACCGCCCCGCCCGGGGGGCUCUUCCUGCACAGCGUCCACUACCGGCACACAGGUGGGCAUGUGCUAAUUAAUUACUCAUUAAUAAUUAAUAAUUACUAGCCAUUAAUUAGCGUCCACUACCGGCACACAGGUGGGCAUGUGCUAAUUACUCAUUAAUAAUUAAUAAUUACUAGCCAUUAAUUAGCGUCCACUACCGGCACACAGGUGGGCAUGUGCUAAUUACUCAUUAAUAAUUAAUAAUUACUAGCCAUUAAUUAGCGUCCACUACCGGCACACAGGUGGGCAUGUGCUAAUUACUCAUUAAUAAUUAAUAAUUACUAGCCAUUAAUUAGCGUCCACUACCGGCACACAGGUGGGCAUGCGCUAAUUACUCAUUAAUAAUUAAUAAUUACUAGCCAUUAAUUAGCGUCCACUACCGGCACACAGGUGGGCAUGUGCUAAUUACUCAUUAAUAAUUAAUAAUUACUAGCCAUUAAUUAGCGUCCACUACCGGCACACAGGUGGGCAUGUGCUAAUUACUCAUUAAUAAUUAAUAAUUACUAGCCAUUAAUUAGCGUCCACUACCGGCACACAGGUGGGCAUGUGCUAAUUACUCAUUAAUAAUUAAUAAUUACUAGCCAUUAAUUAGCGUCCACUACCGGCACACAGGUGGGCAUGUGCUAAUUACUCAUUAAUAAUUAAUAAUUACUAGCCAUUAAUUAGCGUCCACUACCGGCACACAGGUGGGCAUGUGCUAAUUACUCAUUAAUAAUUAAUAAUUACUAGCCAUUAAUUAGCGUCCACUACCGGCACACAGGUGGGCAUGUGCUAAUUACUCAUUAAUAAUUAAUAAUUACUAGCCAUUAAUUAGCGUCCAGUACCGGCACACAGGUGGGCACUGCCUCUAAUUACUCAUUAAUAAUUAAUAAUUACUAGCCAUUAAUUAGCGUCCACUACCGGCACACAGGUGGGCAUGUGCUAAUUACUCAUUAAUAAUUAAUAAUUACUAGCCAUUAAUUAGCGUCCACUACCGGCACACAGGUGGGCAUGUGCUAAUUACUCAUUAAUAAUUAAUAAUUACUAGCCAUUAAUUAGCGUCCAGUACCGGCACACAGGUGGGCAUGUGCUAAUUACUCAUUAAUAAUUAAUAAUUACUAGCCAUUAAUUAGCGUCCACUACCGGCACACAGGUGGGCAUGUGCUAAUUACUCAUUAAUAAUUAAUAAUUACUAGCCAUUAAUUAGCGUCCACUACCGGCACACAGGUGGGCAUGUGCUAAUUACUCAUUAAUAAUUAAUAAUUACUAGCCAUUAAUUAGCGUCCACUACCGGCACACAGGUGGGCACUGCACUGCCAGCCAUUAAUAACUCAUAUUAACUAAUUACUAAUAACUAGCCAUUAAUAACUCAUAACUAAUUACUAAUUACUAGCCAUUAAUAACUAAUAACUAAUUAAUAGUCAUUCUGAGAAUAUAGUAAUAUUUUAAAUUUUAUUGAAUAGUAUUUAUAUAUUCACUUACAUUAUAUAUUCAUUGAUAUUAUUCUUAUAUUAAUAUUUCAAUUUUAAGUUUAUUUAAUAGUAUUCAUAUAUAGUAUAUAUUUUUAUAAUAUAUCAAUAUUUUAAUUUUAUUUCAUGUCAUUAAUAUAUCUCCAUUGUACAUUCAUUUAUAUAUUUAUAUAUUAAUAUCUAAAUUUAGUUUUAUUUACUAUCAUUAAUAUGUUUCUUUUAUAUAUUCAUUUAUAUUAUUCAUAUAUUAAUAUCUUAAUUUAAUUUUAUUUAAUAGUAUUAAUAUAUAGUAUUAUUCAUUUAUAUUAAUAUAUCAAUAUUUUAAUUUUAUUUAAUAUUAUUAGCCCCAUUAUACAUCCAGUAUUUUUCCCCUAAAUCAAUAUUUUUUUCCCUAAAUCAAUGGUUUAUUUCCCCCAUAACCAAUAUUUCUUUUCCCCUAAAUUAAUAUUCCUUUUCCCCAUAAUCAAUAUUUCCUUUUGCUCUAAAUCAAUGGCUAAUUUUCCCUAAAUCAAUAUUUUUUCCCCUAAAUAAAUUGUUUAUUUUCCCCAUAACCAAUAUUUUCUUUUCCCCAUGAUCAAUAUUUUUUUCCCCUAAAUCAAUGGUUUAUUUCCCCCAUAACCAAUAUUUCAUUUUCCCUUAAUCAAUGGUUUAUUUUCCCCAUAAUCAGUAUUUUUCCCCCAUAAUCAAUAUUUUCUUUUCCCUAAAUCAAUAUUUUUUCCCCAUAAUCAAUAUUUUCAUUUCCCUAAAUCAGCAUUUUUUCCCCUAAAUCAAUGGUUUAUUUCCCUUAAAUCAAUAUUUCCUUUUCCCAUAAUCAAUAUUUUUUCCCCCUAAUCAAUAUUUUUUCCCCAUAAUCAAUAUUUUUUCCCCAUAAUCAAUAUUUCCUCCCCAUAAUCAAUAUUUCCUUUCCCAUAAUCACUAAUUGAUAUUUCCCUCUGUCUCUCUCUCCAGACCUGGCCCCUCCAGGUGUCCCAGCAGAGCAGGAGCUCCCCGGGCUCAGCUGAUUCUGUGCCCCAACCCCAGUAAAGCCUGGCCUGAGCCUGCUCCAGGAGCAGCCCCUGCAAAAUGGGACAUUUUGCCUGGAAAAUGGGAAUUUUUUCCCCAGAAAAAUGGGAAUUUUCCCCCAGAAAAUAGGAAUUUUUUUCCUGAAAAAUGGGAAUUUUUUCCCAGAAAAAUGAGAAAUUUUCCCAGAAAAAUGGGGAUUUUUUUUCCCCAGAAAAAUGGGAUUUUUUCUCCAGAAAAAUGGGAUUUUUUUUCCCAGAAAAAUGGGAAAUUUUUCCCAGAAAAAUGGGAAAUUUUUUCCCAGAAAAAUAGGAUUUUUUUUUCCCCAGAAAAAUAGGAUUUUUUUUUCCCCAGAAAAAUGGGAUUUUUUUUUCCCAGAAAUAUGGGAAAUUUUUUUGAAAAAUGGGAUUUUUUUCCCCAGAAAAAUGGGAUUUUUUUCCCCAAAAAUGGGAUUUUUUUCCCCAGAAAAUGGGAAUUUUUUCCUGAAAAAUUGGUAUUUUUUUUCUGAAAAAUGGGAGAUUUUCCCCAGAAAAAUGGGAAACUUUUUCCCAGAAAAAUGGGAUUUUUUUUGCAGAAAAAUAGGAUUUUUUCCCCAGAAAAAUGGGAUUUUUUUCCCCCAGAAAAUGGGAAUUUUUUCAUGAAAAAUGGGAUUUUUUUCCCAGAAGAAUGGGAAUUUUUUUUCCUGAAAAAUGGGAUUUUUUCCCUGAAAAUGGGAAUUUUUUCUCCCAGAAAAAUGGGAUUUUUUUCCCAGAAAAAUUGGAUUUUUUUUCCCAGAAAAAUGGGAAUUUUCCCCCAAAAAUGGAUUUUUAUUUUUUUCCUGAGCAAUGUUCCCCACAGGCCCUGCACUCCCAGAGCUGCUGUCACUGCAGGAAUUGGACAAACCCUGGAAUUCUUUUAUUAAAACCGAGCAGAAAAAAGCA